CGAUUUGAGCCCGAUCCACCAUCAUUAACAGUCCUCUGUUUGUUUAUUCCAUCUUCCUUCUUUUCUCCCGCACUCUUGGUUUCUACGUUGCUCCCAUUUAGAGAGAUUAAAGUCAAAGCUUUGGGUUUGCUUGUGUAAAUAGUCCAGGAGCAUGGCGGACGGUUCAGAGCCGCCCAGUAUCCUUUUCCCCCCGCUCAUCACUGUGUCCGAUCUGCCCAGCACUCCUGCAGGUCGAAACCUAAAGGAAUGGCUCCAGGAGCAGUUUUGUGACAAACCUCUGGAGCAGGAUGACAUGCGGCUCCACAACGCAGCCUAUGUGGGCGACUUGGACACCCUGAGGAACCUGCUGCAGGAGGAUGGCUUCAGACGGCGUAUUAACGAGAAGUCAGUGUGGUGCUGCGGCUGUCUGCCCUGCACACCUCUGAGGAUCGCAGCCACGGCCGGACACGCCGCCUGCGUGGCCUACCUGAUUGCCCAGGGAGCCGAAGUGGACCUGGUUGAUGUCAAAGGUCAGACGGCCCUUUAUGUGGCAGUGGUUAAUGGUCACCUGGACUGCGUUAGGAUCCUUCUGGAAGCGGGAGCUGAUCCCAACGGGAGCCGCCACCACCGCAGUACCCCGCUGUACCACGCGGCACGGGUGGGGAGGGUGGACCUUCUCCAGGAACUCAUCAGGUUCAAUGCCGACGUUGACAUGGACCACCAGCUGGGCCCGCGGCUCCUCCUAAGCGCUCGAACCCUGAACACUCUGGUGGUGUGUCCUCUCUACAUCAGCGCUGCCUACCACCACCUGGAAUGUUUCCGCCUGCUGCUCCAAGCCGGAGCGCAGCCCGACUUCAACUACACGGGGCCCGUCUGCCAUGAGGCCCUGACCCGGGGCCUCGCCUCCUGCAUGCUGGACGCCGUGCUGCGACACGGCUGUGAAGUGAGCUUCGUCCACCUGCUGCUGGACCACGGGGCGGACCCGGCGCUCGUUCCCUGGGAGCAGGUGGAGCUGGAGGCGCCAAACCGAAGGAAGGUGGAUCCUGAGGCCCUCAGGGUGUUCCUGGAAGCAAAGAAAAACCCUCAUAGGCUCACGCAUUUGUGUCGCAUCAGGAUCCGCAGAGCAAUGGGCAAAAGUCGUCUAAACCACAUAGCUUCAUUACCGCUACCAGGACCUAUCAAGAACUUCCUGCUGCACCAAAACUGACCUCCAUCUCUUCUGCGGUCUAUGAAUGUGUUUGUACAAAUUAAUCCAUAUAGGGGUAAAAAGGAAUUUUAAAAAACUUAGUAAGUUCCAAAGACAAGUUUCUCUUUGCUUUUUACUGUUUAAAAAGAUAAACCAUUAUUUUCUAAAUGUUACAAGUUAUAAGUAAUGUAUUGACUUUGUGUCACUGUAAAGGUUAUUUCUUUUUUUAUGUUAUCAAAGGAGCCUUAGCCAUGUCUAAACUUGUGAAAACUCUGUCUUUUAACAAAUGUUUUCUUGUCACGUCCCAGUUCACAAAAAAAGUGUUGUGGCUCAAAUUCAGGUUUGGUGUAAAAAAACAAAACAAAACAAAAAAAAAACCACAGAAGGAAUUAGCUUGAACCGAGAUUAAAGCUCACGUUCAUAAAUGUAUGAUUGUGCUGAUCCAGCUCCUUAAGUUGUUCUUUUUCAUUCAUGCGAACCAGGACUUUAACCAAACAUCUAUUAGAUGUUUACAGAUGUCGUAUCUUUUCUAAAGUGUUGCGAGAGAGGACCAUAAUUUUUCAGCGUAAUAAAAAUUUGGCGAAUUAGUCGGCAAAAGGCUGCAGUUCUCCCAUAAAAUGAUAAUGCAAUGUUCCCAGUUAUAUUCCCCAAUGUUUAUAAAGCCUGAUGUUUAUAUUUCCAUGUUGAGAUAUAAAAUUAGUUUUGUUAUUUGCCACAAACUAAGACGUUUGUGUGUAUUAUGGUUGUACUUCUAGAGAUGAGGGUUUAUGGGAAUAACCUGCUUUUUAUUUUUCAUUUAGCUACUUUAGAAGAACACUUUAAGGUCAAAGUUCAGUAGGUACAUUAGUUUGUGGAUUGCUGUUCAGCAUGGUACUCUAGCAAAAAAGAAAUGUAAAAGCAAGGUUUCAUUUUCACCUAUUUAAAAAAAAAAGUGCAUCAACAAAAUGCAAUUGGGGUUUAAUUUCAAGCCACUUUCAUUCUCCUGCCUGUCAUCAUCAGUCACAGUCUAGCAUUAGUUUGUUGUGGUUUUGCUGUAAAGGGAAACUUAAUCUGCUUAUUUUGUGUCUUGGCACUCAAGAUGAAAAAAUAUUACUUUUAUGUUAUCUGUUGCUUAAAAGUGAUAACUGCCUGUGACUGAUGUAGUAUUUGUCUAAUUGUAUGUACCCAUGAGUGACCUUUGAACCUUGGUCUACUAUAAAUAUGCAUUGUUACUCAAACACUACAGCCAAGAGAAGAGAAACCAAACAUCAGCAUCUUCAGUCGCUCUUUCCGAGCUGCUGCAGUCUUCUGCCAGUUUUUAUUGCAGUUAUGAGUUUGCUCCACUAGAUGGCACUUCAUCCUCUACUAUUAUUCCUUUAUACAAAAAAAAAAAUGUUUCACCUUAAGUUGGUAUGCCUUCAUGAAUAAAAAAGCAAAUUAAAUGCAUUGGAUCCAUGCUAUAAAACAUGGGGAGAUGUUUACAUAAUAGACCUUAUUGUUACAUGUCAGAAUACCGGAUCUCAUAACCAAACUAUAACUGUGCUAAAAAUGUAUUAAAAGUUCUUUCUGUAUCACUGACCAUCUAUAAUUAUUGCUAGGAAUGUUUGUAACUUUGUACUUAUCAGCCAGAAAGCUGCCUUCUCUGGGAAUCGAACUUGUACGUCGUCUUCAGUGCAGAUCUGCUGCACAGCUACUAAUUCUCAAUAACUAUACGUUAAAUGUGGUGCAUGUGUAACUUGUCUUGCUCAGACAUUUGUCAUAUUUAUUUGCAAACAUUAAAUCUGUU